UGGAACUCAGCAGAGCUGGAUCUAUUUUCAGUCUCCAGCAGUGUCCUACUGCUUCGGGAGAAUGGGAGUCAUAAGACCAGGGGAGAAUGGGACAUCUGGACCAGGCUUGCUACAUCCUGAAAAGACGGAGUGGUCAACAGAGAGAGAUUGGUGGUACACCCAGUACAGACAGUUAUCACAUUACCUGGCCCUGCUCUGUUUUCUACUGACCAUGGCCACACUCCUACAGACAUUUUACUUGGUGCAGAUCACCUUGGUCUUUCAAUCCCAGUCCGCCUUGCAGGAGGUCAGACUCAAAGACCUGACUCAGAAGCUGAACACCCUGAACCACUCCUACCUCCUCCUCUUCCACAAGUACCCAGCACUCAACCAGUACUGUCCCAUCACCAAUAGCAGCACCAAUGAGCGUGAGUGCAGGCCAUGCCCAGAGGGAUGGGAGUCUUUUGGGGAGAGAUGCUACCUCUACACCCAUGACAGACUGGACUGGAUUUCCAGUCAGUACCACUGCCUAGCUGCAGGGGGCAACCUUGCCAUGGUGAAGAGUGAGGAGGAGCAAAUUUUUCUGUGGGCGAGAGCCAAGGAGUUGAGCCAGGGAGACUCCUACUGGAUCGGCUUGAGGAAUGGUAACCCAGGCGGGGCCUGGCACUGGGUGGACGACUCCCCGGUGGAGAAGGGGUUUUGGGACAUAUUUUGGGAUCACGAGCCAGAGAAGGGGGACACCAGGGAACUGUGUGCCCGGCUGUCGCCAGGAGACAGCCACAGGGCCGGUUGGUACGCCACCAUGUGCAAGAACAGCCUGAAGAGCAUCUGUGAGAGGACCCAGGGCACCCUGCAGUGACAGACUCUAUCUCAGGAGAGGAGAGAAAGGGGAAGGGAGAGGGUAGUCGGAGUCCGUGCCAUUUGGUUGCAUUAAAGAUCUUUUAACUGUCUUUUGAUGUAUGGUAUUGGUAAUUAUGCAAUGUAUGUACAACUGAAAUACAUAACGAAAUACCUAUGAUUUGUCAUUUCCUCUUGCUGGUGGAUGUGGGGGUUUGCACAUUGACAAUUAAGUUGCUGUAAAAUUGCUAGCCUACGUCCAUUUUUGGACUUUUAAAUUAAGAAUAGAAACCCAUUGAUUCUCCAAGUAUUCACACCCCUUGACUUUUUCCAAAUGUUGUUGUGUGACAGCCCAAAAUUCAAAUGGAUUGAAGCGUAGAUGUUUUUGUCACUGGAAUAUACACAAUAAUUUUACAAUUUAUUUAAAAAUGGAAAGCGGAAAUGUCUUCAGUCAAUAAAUAUUCAACCCUUUUGUUAUGGCAGGUUUAAAUAAGGGAUAAAAAAGUGCAACUUUAAAACAGUUACAGAGUGGCUGUGAUGGAAGAAAACUGAGGAUGGCUUAACAACAUUGUAGUUACUCCACAAUACUAACCUUAUUGACAAGAUUGAAAAGAAUUAAGCCUGUACAGAACUAAAAAUAUUUCUAAACAUGCAUCCUGUUUGCAGCAAGGCACUAAAGUAAUACUGUAAGAAAUGUGACAAAGCAAAGAACCUUUUGUCCUGAAUACAAAGUGUUAUGUUUGAGGCAAAUCCUUAUUUUCAAGGAUAGUGGUGGCUGCAUCAUGUUAUGGGUAUGCUUGUAAUUGUUAAGGACUGGGGUGUUUUUCAGGAUAAAUAAACGUAAUGAAGCUAAGCAUCCUAGAGGAAAACCUAGUUCAGUCUGCUUUCGACCAGACACUGGGAGAUGAAUUCACCUUUCAGCAGAGUUGCUUAUCAAGAAAAGAGUUGCCGAGUUACAGAUUUGACUUAAGUCUGUUGUCUAGUAAUAAUCAAAAAUCAAUUUGACAGAGCUUGAAUAUUUUUUUAAGAACAAUGUGCACAUAUUGUACAAUCCAGGUAGAGACUUGCCCAGAAAGACUCAAAGCUGUAAUUGCUGCCAAAUGUGAUUCUAACAUGUAUUGACUCAGGGGUGUCACUACUUAUGUGAAUGUUUAUUUCUGUAUUUCAUUUUCAAUAAAUGUGCA